UGAGCCAGGGAUUGGUUGAUACAACAGGAAGUGAUAAGUGUAAACCCAGUUGACAAAUUCGUAUGUUUUCGAUUUUUACUUUGAAGCAUGCAUUUACUUUAGCGGGAUAUAAACAACCAAGCAAGGAUUUUGGCUAAUAUCCCCUUUAAGUGCAUUUACUAGUUGCCAUAAUAAAAUGGCUCUAUCGUCUUCCCAGCAGCUCGUGGUCGCUUUCACUGCCGUGCUUUUCGUGUUCGUUGUUUUCCCCAGAAUGUUCGGCAGCGGAGCUGGAUCAAAGGAAACAAGAGGUUUCGAUCCUCGACAUAACCGGAAAGGCCCAGGUCUUAGUCCAGGUCCUAGGGGACAUCAGUUGAACGUGAACGCGGCAGGAUCGAAGGGGCAGACGAUCGAAAACAUGCAGCAAAUGAGGAAAAUUAUGGAACAAGAAAUGAAAGGCGAGAAAUACAAAGCGAACAGCAAGGGCUACGUCUUCACUCUUAUGCCACUCUAUGCGAUCGGAGUUGGGAUCUUUGCCGUGUACAAGUUCAUAAAGAUUAAAUCGAAAGAGGACUCCAAGACUGUCAAGGAGAAACCAGGCAAAGGUACAAAAAAGCCGGAGGAGACAGAAAAUCAGCUGAACGAACUGGAGCAGCGUUUAGCACAGACAGAAAAGAUGCUGAACUCUAUACUCACUCAGCUGGAUCCACUGACAAACUGUGUGAAGUCUGUGGCAUUUGAGCAGAAGAACGAGAUCAUGUCCCAACUGCAGAGUAUCAGACACCUGAUGAAGAAGAGGGGCAUGGACUGCCCUCCAAUCAACCUCGAAGAAUCCUCGUGCGAGAAGAACCUGGAUGACCUCAUUGAGUCUCUGACCGCACAGGACCUUCCUGCGCCAGCGCAGAAUGAGAAGGAGAACGCUGGCGAUGAAGGAACGACAGACUGCGCUGAGGAAUCUCCUCCUGAGGACAAAUUAUUACAAAACGAGGAGGAGGAGGCAGAGGAGAAGGAGGAAGAGGAAGACAAGGAACAGCAGGGAAGAGAAGGCUCUGAUCUAGACACCAGCAUGCCCUCCCUAGAGGACUCCUGUGAAACAAACAUGGAGGAUAUUGGGAGACUCCCGAGCCAAAUUCCCCAAACUGGCCUGAGGAGACGCAACCGACCGGAAUGAAACGUGUUUUUAUCUAGAUAUGAAUUUCUGAUUAUUUAUUUUUUCAUGCUCAGUGUGGCUAUGGCCUGUUAGGACACUCUUCCUCUUCACUGCGAGACACUUCUGGAAUUAUGGGAUGCAGGAAGCUUUGUUACUGCAUAUUAUAGUGUGCAACCGUCAGUCAUGUUGUGUUAUUAUUAGUUAAGUGCUUCAUGACUGUUUUAUAACAGAACGCUGUUGUCUUAAAAUGCUGUUACAUCGGAAUACUGGUACGUAGGAUUAAUAUCUGAAAGUUCUCAUAAUAUAUAUUUGUAAUAUAAUUUCAGUAUAUACCACUGCACUGGUAAGAGUCUCUGUUGGCAUGUACUGUGUCUUUGAAUGCAUAUAGUAUAUAUACACAUACACAUACUGCAUGCUGUCAUUGUUAGAAGUUUUAAUUCCCUAUCCUAAUGAAUGCAGUAUAUUUAUUAUAUGGGAUGAUUGCAAGUGAAGUAAAUGUAUCAGGGGUACAUUUCCCCUGUUCCCACUGUACAUUUACAGAGCAGGCCUGAACCACACCACUCAGAACAUGAAUGCAUAAAGAUGUUGUCCUUCAGAGGAGCCUGUGCAUAGCCCUGUGGCUAAAUCAGUUCCAUUAGGCCUCUGGCUUUCCUUAUGCAGCAUACAAUUUCAGACCUUGGACUGGGGAAAACAAUAAAAAAAUGAAAACUAAAUAAUAAAGAAGAAAAAUGUCUGAUUAAGACUGAGAAUUUAAGACAUUACAUUCUACACUAUUAAACAAUUCAGUUCAAAACUGAUAAUUCUGUCUCUAAAUCACAAUAUACAAUAUUGUCUUCAUUGGCCAUUAUCAGUUUAAAGAUUCUUGUAUGGACAUAGGGAAAACAUUGUUUGUAGAUGCCUGAUUCACAUUUGUUUGUAUUUUGUAUGCUGAUAUGGUAUGUGAUGUGUUGUCUUUAUUUGUCUCUUGAUUUUCUCAUAACGAUCUGUGUAUGAACAUGAACACUGUGGCAUUAUGAAAAACAGACCAUUUUGAAAUGACAGUGAACACUCCAUGCCUUACUGAAAAUAAAUGAUGAGGUUCACAUGUCUACA